GAUGGUCUGGUCGGAAGCUCUUUGGACAGCGUCUACAACAUGGGCCCGUUGUCCUCCUACUCUUCGAUCAAUCAGGACCAGGAGACGUCUCUCCGCGACACGCGGCGGCCCUAUCCCGAGGCCACGGAGCCUCGUGCCGGAAUAGAGCCAGGUGCCACGUCAGGAAGGUGGCGGCGGGCCUCUCAAGCUGUUGAGGCGCUCCUGGCCUUGGACGAGGAUCUUCAGCCUGGUCUGCGGGAUCCCGGACCCUCGCGACCAAGGCCUCCACCACCCUUGCUGGCCACAUCACCCACUGCAAGGUCCCCUCGGCCUGCGCAGUUCCUACCGGAGCCUCGAUUCCGAGGAGGAGUCUGGGGCCCCUUCGAAGUCGACAAUCCCGAAGCUUUCAGCGCCGAGUCUUGA